GGGAUGAGAGGCGGGAGGGUGUGGACUGGCAGCCACUCUGCAGCUGGCCACCGGGGACCCGGUUCCUCCCGCGAGCCGAAGUGAUGGAGGGGAAGAUAUCUUCUUAGACACACACGCGCGCGCACAUCCCGCUGGGCACGUCUCCGGGAGGCUGCAGCCAGCUCAAGCGCGCCAGGGACCGGGCGGCGGCCGUGACAGCGCGAGCGGCGGGGAGUCCGCGGUCCGCACAGCUUGGCACCGGUCGCCGGAGGACGCAGGGAAGGAAGAUCUCAGCCUCACUGACUGUUGCUCUUUUAGUGGCAUCUCCAAAGAUCGAGCAUCCUGACAUUGUCACCGCGGACGCCAGAGGCUCUGCCCCCGGCGUGCGGAGUCCGGGUCGGCUUCGGUGCCCGCGCCGGGUGAGGAGAAUGCGAACCUCUUCCCGCAGAGCUCCUGCGGACCUCUUGGCUGUGCUGACUCGGGCUCCAGCGGCUGUCCCAGACGUGCCCGCGCCGCGAGAACGCGCCCUGUCGCACCUGGCUCCAACCUCCUAGGGAAGUGAGGGAAACGCGCCCUAAACUCCACUACUUCUCUUCCCCACCUUGCCACUCCCGCCCCGGACACCACAGCCGCCGCUGUCGCCGCCCCAGAGUGGAAGCCCAAGUACUGUACUGCUUGUUUGCUCUGCUCGCCGGCUCGCUCCUUGUUGAGCAUCCCAAACUACUGGACAACUGCCACUGCGAUCGCAGGAACCACUCGGUGACCCGUCGCGACUGGUCUGGGCCAGCACUUUCCAAGCGGAGGCUGUCACCACUAGGGACUACGGUGAGGACAGAGUUAGAAGGCCAACAGCAGACACUCAGGAUUUUUCAAACUCUGAAAUGAGAUAACCAGGCCCCACUGGCUUCAGACUGGUGCUUUUGGCUGCCCACCUCAGGAUCUCUGACAGUCAGCUGAUACUCUCAGAAACUAGGCAACCCACUUUGUCAUAUUCUUGGAAGUCUCUCCUCCGUAUGUACAGAACUUCCUGGAUGAACAUAAAGAUGUGAAGGUGCUCACAAGGAGGAAGAGGACAACUAGAAGGUGAGGCGAAGCCAUGAGACAACCACGAGCCAGAUAGUCCUCUCUGGAGUAACUGAGGUGUGUCUGAAUGUAGGCUGCUGCAGUCCUGGAGGUUGAUGGAGGGCCAUGCUAUUCAAACAGCAGGUGUGGCUGAGACAGAAGCUCCUGGUGCUCGGAAGCCUUGCCGUUGGGAGCCUCCUGUAUCUAGUUGCCAGAGUUGGGAGCUUGGAUAGGCUCCAGCCCAUUUGUCCCGUUGAAAGUCGAUUUGGUGGUGCACACAGCCAGGCUGAGUUCCCACUCCGAGCCCUGCAGUUUAAAAGAGGCUUGCUGCAUGAGUUCCGGAAGGGCAACUCUUCCAAGGAGCAGGUUCGCCUCCAUGACCUGGUCCAACAGCUCCCCAAAGCCAUUAUCAUUGGGGUGAGAAAAGGGGGCACAAGGGCCCUGCUAGAGAUGUUGAACCUCCAUCCUGCAGUGGUCAAAGCUUCCCAAGAGAUCCACUUCUUUGACAAUGAUGAGAAUUAUGCCAAGGGCAUUGAGUGGUACAGGAAAAAGAUGCCUUUUUCCUACCCUCAGCAAAUCACAAUUGAAAAGAGCCCGGCAUAUUUCAUCACAGAAGAGGUUCCUGAAAGGAUUUACAAGAUGAACUCAUCCAUCAAGCUGUUGAUCAUUGUCAGGGAGCCGACCACAAGAGCGAUUUCUGAUUACACUCAGGUGCUAGAGGGGAAGGAGCGGAAGAACAAAACCUACUAUAAGUUUGAAAAGCUGGCCAUAGACCCCAAUACCUGCGAGGUGAACACGAAAUACAAGGCGGUUAGGACCAGCAUAUACACGAAACAUCUGGAGCGCUGGUUAAAGUACUUUCCCAUUGAACAGUUUCACAUCGUGGAUGGGGACCGUCUCAUCACUGAGCCUCUGCCGGAACUGCAGCUGGUGGAGAAGUUCUUAAACCUUCCUCCAAGGAUAAGUCAGUACAAUUUAUAUUUCAAUGCUACCAGAGGGUUUUACUGUUUGCGAUUUAAUAUUAUCUUUAAUAAGUGCCUGGCGGGCAGCAAGGGGCGCAUCCAUCCAGAGGUAGACCCCUCUGUCGUUACCAAAUUGCGCAAAUUCUUUCAUCCCUUUAAUCAAAAAUUUUACCAGAUCACUGGGAGGACAUUGAACUGGCCCUAAAAUAAUAUAACAUACAACACCAUGUGUUGUAUCUAGAGACUCAUGGCGUCCCCUCAACAUUAAAAUAUGCACUUUCCCAGACACAGCUCCCAAACUCAUUUUUCCGUGAAUAGUUGUACAUACGCAGUGUGUGACCAAAUAUAAGAUCAAUUGUUUUUCUACUGAAAAUUUACAAAAAAUAAAUAAUAAAUGGCUGUCUACAUAGUUGCAUCUUUUAAGCUAUUUACAGAAAAAAAAAAAAAAGGAAAAAGAAGAGGUGGUGGGAUUGAGGAAAGUGACUUUAGAUAGUCUCAAGUUAGUCUUCCUUUGACUCAGAACUUGUCACUCUCCAUUGUCAGAUUUAAGCCAAAAGAUGAAUGUGUGAAAAUGUACCAAUGGCUACGAAGCUUCAGGAAGUAGAGGAUUCAGUUUUACGGUUCAUUUGUUUGUUUUGUUUUGUUUUGUUUUUGUCCUAAGAUAACAUUGGCUCUUUAAUUCAAAUAGUGGAUUGGUGCCAGGAAAACAGAAUACGCUAUUUUCUUAUAGUUUAAAUGAAUGUCUUAGCUCAUAAAAUUGACACUGUUCCAAAGUUCUUGUGGUGAUUUUGCACUAUUGUUUCCUCGUAUGGACCAUGGUGUCAUUUGUAGCAUGUCAACCAUGUGCUGGAGAAUCACCACGUUCUACUUCCAUGUUGUAUGUCAACAAAGAAAAAUGUCCUGUACAUAUUUGUAAAUGGUGUAAAUACCCGUUUCACACUAAGUAAUUCUAUUUUGUAAACUGAAUAUGGCUAUUUAAUUUAUUGUGAAAAUGAAAUUUAUGUGGUAUUUAAAACGGAAUGGAUUAAAAUUACACGAUGUGCAACUUUCCUUAAAAA